AUGCCUCGCGCAGAAGUCGGAACACCUAAGUACCUCGCAAACAAGAUGAAGGCUAAGGGCCUUCAACGGUUGCGAUGGUACUGCCAAGUCUGCCAGAAGCAGUGCAGAGACGAGAAUGGAUUCAAAUGUCAUGCACAAUCCGAAUCCCACCUGCGCCAGAUGUUAGUCGUCGGCGAGAAUGCUGGCCGGCACAUCGCCGACUUCUCUUCGCAGUUUCAGCACGACUUCGUACAACUGCUCUCGCGUCGGUUCGGCACCAAGCGAGUCAAAGCGAACACUGUUUACCAAGAGUUUAUUCAAGAUCGGAAUCAUCUGCAUAUGAAUUCGACGCGAUGGGUAACGCUCACUGAAUUCGCGAAGCAUCUCGGGCGGACCGGUGUAGCCAGGGUAGAUGAGACUGAAAAAGGGUGGUUCAUCGCUUGGAUUGAUAAUAGUCCCAAGGCAUUGGCGAAGCAGGAAGCGUCGCUCAAGAAAGAACGGGCGACUAUGUCGGACGAACAGCGGGAGCGCAUGCUCAUCAGUGAGCAAAUAGAGCGCGCUGCGGCGACAGCUGGUCCAUCCGAUUCCCCACCACCUGUAGAAGAAGGCUUGAAGCGGGACGAAAGCACAGAGAAGGUUGUGCUUUCUCUUGCGCCCAAGAACCCCGUUUCCACCUGUUCGCCGCCGUCGGAAUCGACUGGAGGCCUGAAGCUUAACUCGCUAAAGCUUGUGGCGAACCCCCUGAAACCGGGCAUCAAUCCCCUGAAACGACCCAAUGUGUUCAAGGCCGCUGCUUCCUCGAUAUCGGUCCCAGACUCGGAGAAAAGUAUUGGGAAGAGAGAGGCUCCAAUGACUGCAGCCGAAAGAUUAAUCUUUGAAGAGCGGGAGCGGAAACGUAGACGUAUGGAGCGAGAGACUCUGGUAUAA